AUGGAGUCAUGUAACUAUACUCAUGUUCCGAUGCACACGAGUUCGAAAGUAUCAAAGGCAGAGGAGGAGCCUGAGAUUGAUGCAACAUCAUAUCGAAGCAUCAUAGGAUGCUUAAGGUAUUUUCUUCAUACACGACCAGACUUGGCGUUUUCGGUUGGUGUAUUAAGCAGAUAUAUGCAGAGUCCAAGAGAGAGUCAUGGAGAAGCAGUGAAGCAUCUACUACGAUACAUAAAUGACACUACAAAGUAUGGUCUCUUCUUCAAACGGGAUGGAACAACGGAGAUUACAGGUUACAGUGACAGCAACCAUAACAUAGACGUUGAGGAUGGAAGAAGCACUACAAGGUUUAUGUUCUACCUAGGAACAUCGCCGAUCACGUGGACAUCGUGCAAGCAAUCCACAGUGGCACUCUCUUCGUGUGAGGCGUAG